CAAGUUCCCCCGAAAACCAAGGGGAGUUGCUCUUAAAAGAGAAAUAUUCCAAAAGGGGAGAAAACUGGUGAAUUUCUUCCCUGUCCAUAAAUCUAUUAACCUCGAGAGGCCUUCUUCUCUCCUUUCAAUCUGCAAAACCUCAAUUCCUAAUUAAGGAACAAAGGGAGACCCCAUAAGGCGUCUCUCUUUGUUCUGCGGAAAUGGCUAAAGUGAGGGGGCAAAAGAAGAUAUUCUUAUACAUUAAUCCUUCCGUUUUUGCCCCCAUUAAUAACUUUAUAUCACCCAAAUCCACCAAAUCCCCUAACAAGUUUGAAGACCCAAAUGGUGUUGUUGGCCUUGGAAUUGUGGCUGCCAUGUCCACCAAUAAUCAGAAUGCUGCAAUUUUGACUAUUUCCCCAAGGUCACCUUCAAACCCAAUACCAAUUUUGACUAAUAAUUCUAAUAUUAAGAAAAAUAAGAAACCUACUAUUGAAGAAAUGGAGAUGUGUGAAGAGUACACUCGUGUAAUUUCUCAUGUGGGUACAAAUUUGGUUAAAAAAAUGGAAUACUUUGAUGACCACUUCCUAGGAAAUGUAUAUCACAGAUCAACAGCUGCUGCUGCCUCUGCUCCUCCUGAAGCUUUUAGGACGGCAGAUUUUCUCAAUACUUGCUCUUUUUGCCUUAAACAGCUUCAGGGAUUGGACAUUUUCAUUUACAGAGGAGAGAAGGCAUUUUGUAGUUCGUACUGCCGUUUCAAGCAAAUCUCAAUCGAUGAAUACAAAGAGAAAUGUGGUUCUGGAGCCAUGAAAUCGCCCGAGUACUCUGCUUCCCCUUGCUCUGGUCCAAUGCAAUUUUCCGCUGGUGUUGCUGUGGCAUAAGUAAGCAGUUGAUACAGGUCUGGGAAGCUAACUCAAUAAGAUUUGGUUUCAAUGUCAUAACAAGAUCCAAAUUUAUGUUCAAUUUUGAGAAGGCUAAUCACUGUUAAUGGAAUGUUGUUCUGCCUGCCAGAGGUGCGGAAGUUUUGUUAGUACCUUUUAAGAGGGAGAGUUUCUUAUUUUUGGUUAAACCCACUGAUAAUAGACAUCAUAACUUUUAUGUCUAAAUACCACACACAUAUAUUUAAAUUUAUAAAUCUAUAAUAUUGAAAUCUAUAUAUAUUUUAAAUUC